GGUCUGGAUGUCAUGAUCUGGCUCCUGCUCUUGGACCAUUGUGGGCCACCUGAAUUCCCUUGGGGGGACCUAUGAGUCUUAUGGGAUUAAUAUUGUGCAGGUCUGGCACAGGUGCAUCCAGAGAAGGUUGGGCCUUGGCAAACUACCACUCUGUGUAUUCCUGAAUUGUGUUCCUCCCAUUGUGAGAGUUUGACCAUAAUUUCCUCUCUUGCCUCUCUUCCUCCAGGUCUCCCCAAGUGUGAGGUGACUGGGUCCUUGCUGAGGUUGGUGGUCUUUUCUCCCGAGCGAAAGGAGUUCUAUGUCAAUGACACGGCAUCUGUGACCUGUCAGGAAACCAAAGAUCGUAGAGCAUACAAGGUGGUCUGCGUGGCCGAUGGGGAGGGAGCCGCCUGGGACCUCAGCCGCGUCCCCUGCCUGCGAUGCCAAGUGCCCAUGAAUUUGGAUGGGGGAGUGGAAUGGACCCCUCGGGCCUCGACCUUUGGCCCCGGAGAGACCCUGACCCUGACCUGUGCAGAAGGGUACCGUCCCGUUCCAGAGAAGGUCCAGUGUGUUGAAAAGCGUGCCAUGGUUGACUGGAAUGUCAGGCCCAUUUGCAAGGCAGAGAAGGGGUCAACCACCUCCCCUCCUUCCACCAGCCCUGAGCCAGGCCCCCCACUGACCACCAGCAAGGCUCCAGGAGGAUCUUGUUCGAGGGCAGAGUGGCCCUCCUCCGUCUCUGCUGUUGAACAUCUCCCAAGGAGACGUUUGUCAUUGGUGAAAGGGUUCGGGUGAGAUGUCGCCUGGAGCAAUACGUCGGACCCAAGAAAAGCUGGAUCUGGUGCAGAGAGAAGGACGGCCGUCCCGAAUGGGACACCAGCAGCUUCCAAUGCAUUGAGAAGCCCCAGGUUUCCAAGGAAGAGCUCCAGGCCUCAGCCUCCAGCAUCAGGCUCAGGUGGGGCUGCAGCCCCCCAGGACUCUGCCAGGACUGGGCCUUCCGGGGCUCCUGCCAACUGACCAGGCGACCACAUGGGUCCUGCAAGAAACACAGAUGGAGAGGAUGGAGUCCUCUCACACAGAACCAGACCUUGCAUUGUGAUGGCUUGGAUCCCUCUUCUUCAUAUCGCGUCGUUGUCUAUGGAUUCCAUGCAAAGGUGGGCUGGCAUCUCUUGUAUGAGGAAUAUAUCCUGAUGCAGGACGCAGUCCCAGAUGCGCCAGAGAGAGAAUGGCUGGACGUGUCCUCCAGAGUCCUGAGGUGGAGGCCGCCCUCCCCCUGCAAAGGGGCCAUUCUGGGCUACCAGGUGAACAUCACUGGGAGGAGAGCCUACAACGCCACGUUCCUGGAGGAGGAGCAAGUGCAGGUCGAUGCCUCCGAGAGGGAGCUCCAGCGGGAGACCUGGAGGCCCGGCACCAACUACACCGUCACCGUCCAGGCCUUGACUGCUGUGGGGCUCGGCCAGGAGCUGCUCUGGGAGAUGGAGACCGGCAUCGCAGAGCCGUUCUUUCCCCCCAGCGCCAGGACCUUGGAGGUGAACAACAUCUCAGCCUCGGACGGGACGGUCUUCUUGCACCUGGAGCCCCUCCCAGACCUCCAUGGACCCAUCAGGGAGUACCAGCUCUUUGUGUCCCCCUACCUGGGGCUGACCCCCAACGCCAGCGCCUGCCCCUCCCUGCAGCUCCAGCCUUUUGACGGCUCGGACAACCAGACCUAUGCUGCUGCCGUGAUCCCAGCUUCCAACUUCACGAGGCCGAUGGGCUUUGUGAUCGGAGAGGGGAGAGACCAGCAUGGCCUCCUCAACGUCUCUCUGCACGAGGGCAGGAACUACACCAUCCUCCUCCGAGUGGUCAGCCGCUGGAAACAGGAAGAGACCUCCAGCUGCGUUGCCUACGACUUCACCAUGAAAGAUGCCCAGCCGGACAGGGGAGGAGUGCCGGUGGCCCUCAUCGUGAUCUCCCUCCAGCUGGCCCUGGUCCUGGCCGUGAUGCUCUUGCUGCUGCUCGACCUCCUGGUCACCAGGACUCCAAGCAUCUUCUGAGAGUAUGACUGGCCAGAGCACAUACGGAGGAAGGGACUUCAAGGCAGAGCCAAAGAGUGAACGAAGCCAUUCACAGAGAAAAAUAUGCCUUCUAGGAACAGAAGGAAGUGGGGGAUCACCCCCAAAACCCAAUAUUUGUCUUAGGAAACUGUGAAGCUGCAGUUCUGCUCCAGACAUUCUUGGAGGACCAAUGCUUCCUUGACCCAUUUCACACCUGCUUCAGAAGAGAAGACGGCAUUGAGGCUGCUCUGGUCACCUUUGUGGAUGAUCUCUGAUGGUCUCAAUACUGGCAAGGGGCGUGUGUUCCUCUUGGUGCUUCUCGAUCUCUCAGCCACAUUCAAUGCCAUUGACCAUGAUCUCCUUCUGGAAGACCUGAAAGGGGGUUGGGAAUCAGAGGCACUGUGCUGCAGUGGUUCUGCCAUGAAAGCCUUCGACAAUACAAGUUAAUGAUAUUGAAAGUAA